AUGGGGCUCGCCGCUUCCCUGCCACCGUCUGCCUUAACCGGGAGGGCCGGCCCGGGGGCCGGGGCCCUGCACGGCUGGGCCUGGCACGGGCAGCUCGGCCACGGGAGCCUGGAGUCAGAGCUGCAGCCGCGGCUGGUGGAGGCGUUGGCCGGCAUGCCGAUGCAGGCAGUGGCGGCCGGCGGGUGGCAUUCGGCCAGUGUUAGUGAGGCAGGAGACCUCUAUGUGUGGGGCUGGAACGAGUCGGGCCAGCUGGCCCUGCCCUCCAAAGCGCUGGCAGAAGAGCGGGCACAGGAUGAGGACACGGGUGCAGGGGACACUGAGCUGACACCCCACCAGGAGCAGCCGGCUGCCGAGGACUCCGCAUUCAUUUCCAUCCAAGCGUUCCCGGCGUUGCUGGAUCUGCCCCAGGAUCUGGAAGUCAGCAAGGUCAGCUGCGGGUCUCGGCACACGGCCAUUGUCACACGAGGCGGCGAGCUCUACACCUGGGGCUGGGGUAAAUACGGGCAGCUGGGACACGAGGACAAUGCCAGCUCUGACCAGCCACGCCGCGUCGAGUACCUGGUGGCCGAGGGGCUGCAGGCAGAGGAGGUGGUGUGCGGGCCCUGGACCACCUACGUGUGUGUGCUGGAGUCAUGAGGGCCCUGCAGCCCCCCCCACCACAGCUGCCUGCAGUGAGGAAGACACAGGCAAGCUCUGCUCCCGUGCGCCUGCUGCCAGGACCAGCCCCACUCUGCCCUUGGAGGGGGGCAGGCAGCCCCCCAGUACAGGACCUGACCGGGUUUAGCCCACAAUGAACUGAACCAACACACUGGAGCUAGGGGCUGGCGCCUGAGCCUGCCCGGGCUACAGCUGCACAAGUGCUAAAGACAACCAGGGGAAGGACUCUACACAUUUAUUACAUCUAC